GUAAGAUCUGAACCAGCGGAGAACGCACGGCCUAUUGUUAUAUCAUUAUCUGAGCCGUGCUCGCUGAUCGUGAAGCGUGCGCGUUCAAAAUCGCGGAACAAUUUUUUUUGUGUUCCCCUCUUCCUCCCCCUACCUCACUUUUCCCCACUCACUCCAAAAGGUGAUAGUGGACCACCUUAAAUCCCUCUCUCUCACUCACUUCUUUUCUCUUCAACCCUCAAUAUGUGUUUUGUGUACGGUGUACAAAAAUUUCCAUGAGGGUGACAGUGCGCGGGAUCCCAACACGUGGAGAAGUAUUGCGCGGUUGUGAGAAGACCUUCAGUGACCUUGAGGGCCCCAAAACCCAUGGGCCUUCGACUCUUGUUACCGUUCAGGAUCAUUUGGAUUUUUCGAACGUGUUUUACUGAUCUUUAUCAGUUUAUGUUACAUUUUUACAAUCAUCACUGGGAAUAUUUGUUUUUUUUUUUUAAGUGGUAAAGAUUUAUUGUGACAUUGUGUUGAGGAUUUAAGGAAAUUUUGUGACAACUGUUUUUGUGAGACCAUUUUUGGACUGUGAUCUGCAACAGUUCUUGUUGAACUGUUCUUCUAUAAAAAAAAGAUCUUGUUGAACAUUGUGAAAGCUUACAGAAGUUUUGACUUUUAAUAUACCUGAAUUAAAAAUUUUCAACGAUUUUGUGAUAAUUCUUGGACAUCAACAGUUUUGGAAUAAUUAUUUAACGAAGAUUUUGUGAAUAUAUUUCGAUUUUCAAAACAGGAAGAUUUUUUUUUAUAGUUUUUCGAAAAACUUCUUCUAUAAAGUGUUUAGAAAGUUUUUUGUGAGUUUGACAAAGAUCUUCUGACGGAGAGAUUUUCCGGCUCUUGAAUGAUUUCUUCAGCUUUUUGGAAAAUCAACUAUAGAUUGUGAUCAUCAUUAAAUUAUAUAUAUACGGAGAUAUCUUCAAUGAAAGAAGAAACAUUUUUCUAUGUAAACAAUUUUCGGCAUAAGCUGUUGCCAAAUUUCUGAAGAUUUUCGACCAAAAUUUUGUAUGUAAAGAAGAGAGGACUUUGGAAAAUUUUAGCCAAUUUUUGGAAAAAGUUCCAAUUGUCGAAAAUUGAGUAUUAAAUUUUUGAUCAUCAAUGAUUUAUAUCAAGUGUUUUUGAACUGUUCUUCGAAUGUCUGCUGUUGAUGAUCUUUAGGAGAUUUUCAAGCAUUCAACCAAAUUACAUAAAAUUUUGGACUUUUUCGAAAAUUUGUGGUAUUUUCUGAAGAUUCCUGUUUUUCUGAAGUUCUUUACAAGUUUCUAAUGAUCUUCAGCAACUUUCUGAAGACGUUCGCCAAUUUUAAAGGAUUUUCAUCAGUUUUGAAUCAUCAAUAAUUUUGAAAAAUCUUUACUAACAAUUGAAGAUUCUCAGUAUAGGUUCUAAGGAUUUUUACUGACUUUGGAAAAUCGACAAUUUUUCGAAGAUUUUUGAAAACUUGUUCUAUAACAUUAUUUGUAACUGACGCGAGGGUUCAUUAUUUAGAAAAUAAGGUGAACUCUCCUGGCGCUGAGGAACGAAAAUUACCUGAGAGAAAGAGAGAGGACAGAUUGAUCGGCUUCGUUUGACGUCUAAUUAAAUCGAUUAGGACUUUGGGGUUAAUUGUUCUGGAACGUCAGGUCUGUCUUGUGACACGUGAACGACAACCAGGAGUCGGCCGUCGCUGCUCCAUGAGGAAACGUGCACGAAAGAAUCUCCUCGAGAAUAUAUAGUAUAUAUAUAUAUAUUUUUUUUUAGAAAUCAAAGUAUUUUUUCUAUACCUGAGACGAGUGGAAUUUUAACAUCAAGGACCAUGAAAAAAGUGUCAUUUUCAAAAAUGUGUUUUGUUUUAUGACGAUCCCUCCCCCAAGAAAAAAAAGUGACAGUGUCUUAUUUUUUUUCUCUCUCAAUCGAAGUGUUGUCAUUUUUUUUUGUGAUAAUGUGCUGUUUUCUUUGGUAAAUUUUGAUUUUUAUUUAGGAGUGAUUUUUGCACAUAUAGUCGUCGAAUGGAACGACGAAGAAUUUCUUAUGAGAAGUGAUUUUGUGUGUAUUUGACUCGUGUUUGUGUAUAUGUAUAAGCAGCCACUUGAUCUCACGAUGAUCCUGUGAUGGAUGUAUUCUUUGCCUAAUUUUCAAGUUAUGAACAAACUGUUUCCUGAUGUUCGACUUAAUUGUUCGACGCUGGAUGGGGUCGUACCGACCGUAAAAAGAAUCUGGAAGGAAAAUCGAACUCAAAUCUCGAAAAAUAAUGGUACAGCAGUGACGAAUUCCAGGCUAAGGAUGUCCUCUAAGAGGAAGUCGCCACCAACUAAGUUAUCGGAGGGCGGGGGCGGUGCGGGUACAGUGGCGGGCGAAGAGGAGGAGGACACCACCUCGUCUUUGGCGGGUGCAGGUGGUGACAUUCCCGAAGAGGUCACCUCCGUCGACAUUGAGGACUGUUAUUCCCUACGAAGACCGGAUUGUGAGUCGUCAGGUUGCUCAUCGCCGGGGACAACGAGUGAGCCCGAAUUACGCGACUCACCGUCCCCAUCUCCAAAUUCACCGCCAACCUCUAAAAGACAAAGGGUACUAUUCCUCUCGAAUCAGGAGAAUUUGUCCUAUCACAAUCAUCACACGAAUACAUCAUCAUCGUCGGGUGGCAUACUUGAGCCAGCCAGUUCAUCCGAGUGUGGUUCACCACCCACUGUACUCGCCGAUUCCUAUUACACCCAUCAGGUGCAUCAUCACCAUCAUCAUCAUCAUCAUCAUAAUAAUAAUAAUACCGUUACACAAAAUAAUAAUAACAAUAAUAAUAACAACAACAACGGCACUGGACCAACUGCCGCCGGAAGCAAGAGGUCCAUGGACGACGUCCUCAAGAGGCUUACCUGCAAAAUGAACACUGGCUCCCUCUGUCUUCAGGACGAUACCAAUAAUAGGCGGACACCUCCGCCAUCAUCGACACCUACCAGUCACAACACUCACAGUAGCAGCAGCAGCAUAGCAAAUAGUGUCGCACCCUCGCCAACCGGAACCGGAAGGUCGCAGAAUUCAGACACGGGUCUUCAGGACGGCGCUGCAGCAUUGCACAGGGUUCUCUGUGCAGAGAGUGUUGCUGAGAAGGAAAGAAAAAUAUCGGAAAUGAUAUUGCAAUUGCAACUGCUUAGGGAUCAUUUGCUGCAAACGCCAGACCAGAUGAAGACGUAUCCCACUCACAUGGCGGUCGACUCGCAGAAACAACAAAUCGAGAUGCAGCGAUUACAAGCGGAACAGUUGAAGCGGCAACACAACAUUCAGGAGUUGCAGGCGCAAUUAACAAAAGGCCAACUGAAUAUGGCAAGUCCACAAUCCUUGCUCUUUCUGCCACUCUUCGAGCAAAUGAAAGGCAUGCCCGUCUCAUCGCAGAUGCCACCUCCAACGUCAACGGCGUCUACAGGAAACAAGCAUAUCAAUUCAAUCGCCAAUAUGAUCGGCAGUCAUCGAGACGGUCCGAGCUGGGCAACGGCGCAUCUCGCUCAGAUGACGACGAAAAUGGAAAAGGAGACCUCCCCGACGCCCGUCUCGGCAGUGACUCCAACAGAGCAUUCGUUUCCCGAUCCGGAUGCACCGUUGAAUCUCACAAAACCAAAAUCGUCUUCCUCGGGAGCAACAGCUUCCUUAUCGCCAGGCAGCGAUUCCCAAUCGAAUGGCGCUGGAAGCAGUGGUCAUCAGGAGCAACCGCUGGCGGCUACGGCUCCUAAACUCUUUCCUCCUGGCCUUCCAAUGCCAAGGAACUACCUUCAGAGUCUUCCUUACGCGGGACUUCCGCCUCAUCUGAGCUCCCUCACGUCACCGAUAGGUAAAGUGAUGGUGAAAGAGGAGUCGGUGAAUUCGGCAGCACAAGCAGCAGCUGUUGCAGUAGAAAAACACUUCGCGAUGCAUGGACUCUAUGGACUCCCGCCGACAUCGGGCGCAAUGCCACCGUCACCUCAAACUCAACGGCCCGUCAAACUUUCGUCAAAUCGAGACGAGCCUCCUUCCGAUGAUCAAGACUUUCUUACAUCACCUCACAUGUGGAGGGAACAAGGCUACAAGGUUCCUGAAGAUAUCACAGAAAAAGCCAAAAUGGUGAGGCAACAAAAAAGGGAAGGGGAGAACAAGCCACAUAUCAAGCGACCAAUGAAUGCGUUUAUGGUGUGGGCCAAAGAUGAACGAAGAAAGAUUCUUAAAGCAUGCCCCGACAUGCACAAUUCGAACAUAUCCAAAAUUCUCGGAGCACGAUGGAAAGCAAUGUCCAACUCGGAGAAGCAGCCCUACUAUGAGGAGCAAUCGCGACUAUCCAAGUUGCACAUGGAGAAGCAUCCGGACUACAGGUAUCGACCACGUCCCAAACGAACGUGUAUUGUCGAUGGGAAAAAAAUGAGAAUCUCCGAAUACAAAUCCCUGAUGCGACAACGUCGUCAGGAGAUGCGUCAACUUUGGUGUCGUGACGGUGGUCCCGAAAUGGGUUUCCUGUCGCCUGUGAGCUCGGACAUGAGUACACAUCAUUCGGGCGCGGGACCCUCAGCGAGGCCCUCAGUCUCACCGCCACCCUCAAUGCUCAACGGCGCCGGUCCAAGUUCCGAUCAUCCCUCAUUCUACUAUCCCCAGGACAGUUUAUCGCCCUCGGACGUAAUGAAUUUCUCUCCCGACAAUUCGGGUUCAAUGGGCGGUUAUGAUGCGAGUCCACGACAUCCGGACGAAGAUUGAACCAUGGCUCCGGGUCAGCCGAACAUUUGGCAACCCGGAGCAUCGAGACUCAGCCACGAAUUGUUCUGGUAACCAGGACACAAGCCAUUUGUUUCUUUUUUUUUUUUUUUGUUGACCAGGUCAUAACGUUCCAGCUCCCCACCAGGAGUCGCAGCAGUCGCAGAAUCGACGAGACUUGAAUCUUGGUUGUGAUAUUAAAAAAAAAAAUGAAAAGGUCUGUCUCUGUGCCAUCGCGCGAGAUAAGCGCCCUCCCCGCCCCCCAGGUUUUUCGUUCUCAUAGUUUAAACCCAUUUAGGAUUCCUCAUCGAUGAUGGGAAUGUAAAAAAAAAGUCCAACCGAUAUUGAACGUGUGAUAAAAAAAAAAGAAGAAAAAUCUUCGGUGAAGAUUUAGACUUUCCGAUUACAAUCGGUCUCACACUCUUAAGUAGUUAAAAAAAAAACAAGUUUUAAUUAUAUAAGACCCGAAAAGUCUUGUUCCUAUUAUAAUACCUUCUCUAGUGGUAAUUCUGCGAGUUAAAUCGCACGCGUCUGUAGGUCGCAGGAAAAAAAAAAUAUAUAUAAUACGAAGAUUCUCAAAUAAGGGAGAAAAAAUGCGUGAGUAUUAUAGAAACGCUUUUAGAGCGUCUCUAUAUAUAUAAAAAAAACCGGUUUCAAGUUUUGCUCGCCUACGAUUUACUUAUUGAUCGAGCUAAACUUUUUUUUUCCGUUUCCGAUAUAUUUGACGAAAAUGGUGAAUCAUCGAAAUCGGCGCGCAAAUUGAUUCCAUAUGCGUUUCGAGUUGCAUAUAUUAUAUACAUAUACUCUGCAGAAAACAUUUAAAGAAAAACAAAAAAAAAAAUGAAAUGAAAACACCUUGUACUUAUAGUAUUUUCAAUCAUUAAUUUAUUAAACCUGACAAAAUGCUGAAAGAAAGAGAUUUUAUUGUCGCGAAAGAAUGAGAUCAAUAUUUUGAAUGUUUAAAAUCAGGUACGACAAUUUUUGACAAGCGCUUUUUAAAUUGAAAAAAAUAAAUAAGCGAUUCAAAUAAAAAUUUUGUUAUUUUUGUACGAGCUUACUUUUUGAGACUCAAGAAUUUUUAGAAAAUUUAUCUGAAAGUUAUCAUCUAUUAAUUUAAAUUUUCCGAAUUUCAUUAUACAAAUGAAAAUUUCAAAAUUAUUUAAACAAUCUUACGUUGGGAUAUUUAAAAUCGAUAUAUCAAUAUUAGAAUCGAUUUUUACAAUCAAUCGAUUUAUUGCUAAAUUGAAACAUUAUUUUUACCCAUUAAUAAAGUUUAAAAUGAGAAAUCUUCUUUCAAAUUAAAAAAAAAUUCCAAGUCUCAUUAUAUUUUUGUCAUUUACUUGAAAAUAAGAAUCGUAAUUUAAUAUUUUACAAAAUUUGAUUUGAAAUGUCGGGCCUGAUUUGGAGUGUAAGACAAAAAUAAAUAUAUUUAAAAAAAAAUAAAUAAAUAAACAGAAAUUUUGCGCGACAAUUUUUAGGGAACUGUUACUAUUGUAAAAUUACGAGAAUUAGUGUUAUUUAUUAAUGGAUAAUAGGCUAACAAUCAAAUUAUAUUAUAAAAAAACGUUGUAUUGUUUUUAAAUAUUUCGGACAGGAUCGUGUUACGUUUUUCUAUAUUUUUUUUUUCUUUUUUAUUAUAUGCAUAUAUAUAUAUAUAUAUAUAUAUAUAUAUAUAUAUCUAAACAAGUUCGUGAGAGGAAACGAAAAAACCGAGCGAACGCCUAAGAGACAAAUUUUAUUAGAAAAGAGAAGAGAUAUCCUCGAUCCAUUUAUCAUUAUAAUUAGCAAUAAUAGUUAUUAUUAUCAUUAUAAUUAUUAUUAUUAUUAUUACUAUUACUAUUAUAAUCAACAUGCCAUUAUUAUUUUUGAAUUUUUCUACCGACUAUACUUGAGUUUCAAAUCCUUAGAAGAUUUUUUAUAUUAUUAUUAUUAUUAUUAAAAUUUGUUAUUUAUUACGUCACUAAUGAAGUUUAAUCAAAAUAAAAAGAAAUUAGUAGAGUUAAGACUAUAAAGAAGAGAAAAAGGACGUAAAUGUUGUUGAUACUGGAAUAUUAAAAAAAAAAAAGCAAGGGGAGCAUAAAAAUGCAAAUAUAAAAUUAUUCGGUUAAAAAAAAUUUUUUCUACGACAUUUGCGGUCCUUUGGAACACGAGGAUAUCGAGAACUUGAUGUGAUAAUACUUAUGUGCCAAAUAGCGUUUUCGCGGGCAGGAGGUCGAUUAUUUUAAAAAAGAGUCCUCCGUGUUCCGAGUCGCCUCGUUGGCUCUACGUGAAUCUUCAAUCUUUUCAAGUGUUUGAAUAUUUCUCAAAAAGCAAUUUUUGAUAUUAAUACAUUAUUUAUAUCAAAGAAAAACAAACAUAGAUAUAUAAUUAUUGUUUCACAAAAAAAUAUUUUUUAAAAAAUGUUUAUCGAUAUAUCGAUAUAAAAUAUCGAUUUUAUUGAUUUUAUUUAGUUUAUCUAAAGAAAAACAAAUUCUAAAUUGUUUUUUUUAAUAUUUUCUUACAUAAAAUGUCUUUUUAAGCAACUUCUUUAAAAAAAAAAUGUCUUUAUAGUUUUCUUUUGUAAGUAACAAAAAUGUGUCUUUUUAGUUUCUUUAACAAAACUUUUUUUUAAUUGUUUUUUAACAAAGAAUUUUUUUUUUCUAAAUAUUUCUUUUGAUAAAUAAUUUUUUGAAGAGAAAACGAAGUUAAAAAAAUUAAUUACAUGUAUCGAGAUAAGGGGGUAAAAUUUUAUUAUUAUAGACCAAUUUUAUGGUUGCGAUUUUAAUUAAUUAAUUAAUAAAAUUAAAUAUACUAAUAAUAAAAAUAAAUGAAACCAAGGAAUUUUCUUUUGAUAAUAAAAAGAGAAAAAAAAAUAAGAAUUCUGAGGAAUAUUCAAGCGCAUUGAAUUCUUUACUUUAUUACUGCGUCUCGACCGUUUUUUUUAUGCUGUUCAAAUUUUUUUUUUUUUUUUUGUUAAUUUAUGAUGAGUGCAAUGACGAAUACAAGGUACCUAAAUAUAAUUUAACAAAGAGAGCCAGUAUCCUCGGUUAUAGCCCCGAUGCUGCCCCCUUCAAUUCCUUUUAUUGUUCCCCCACCCAAAUUAUCCCUCUUCCUCCUUCCUGUCCCCCCCCCCCAACAAAAACUAUAUAUAUAUAUAUAUAAAUUAAUGAAAAAAAAAAUGAAUCCAUUUUUUUCCCGGUGGCAUCGCAAGUCGCUUUUCGCGCGCUGGAUAUAGAGCCCGGCGACUAUAGGAGAAUAGCUUAAUAUGUUGAUAAUAAUUUAUUUAAUGUAUAUAUAAAUGAAUUUGUACAAGGCAGCAAGUAAGCGGGCGGGCCAAAGCGUCAUCUUUUUUUUUUUUUUUAUUUUUUUCAUAUUUUAUGCGACGGCCGAUGCCAUGUGUCAAUAUUAAACAAUUAUUCAUGUACAGUGUAAGUAUAUUAAUUGUGAUGUAACUAUACGUAGCUCUAUUGCUCUAUGUGUAUAAUUAUUAUUAUUAAUUAACGGGCAGAAUGCGAUUCAAUUAUAGCCAUACGUCACACAUAAACUAUCACACACGCCUAAUUGUUAUUAUUAUUAUUGUCAUCAUAUUAUCAUUAUUCAUAUUAGUCCGAUUUUAUCCAACACAUAUUUGUUUGUUUUCUUUUUUUUUUUUUAACUAGGCGAUUUUUAAUUAUUUUCUAUACAUCCCUUUUUACGGUAGAGGGCGCGAAAAAUCGGAAUGAGAGUGAGAGAAAGAGAAAAAAAAAAAUUACAUUGCGCGCGUCUGUAUGUAUGUAAGAAAGAAAAAGAGAGGGAGAUAUAGCCAUUUGCGCGAGACUUGUGCCAGUUUUAAGAAAAAAAAAAAAAAAAAAAAAGUCGAAGAUUGAUACUCAAAUUAUUUUUUCUAUUCUUUGCCAUUCAAUUAAAUCAAAUUUUCUUUAAAGUCUAUAUUGACUUCUAUAGUCUCCCGCUACUUUCUCCAGUUUGGUGAUGGGAUACCGAUAUCAAAUUAUAUAUCGAUAUAUUGAACAAUUUAUAUAAAUUAAUUUUUCCAUCUAUCGAUAAAUUUCGAUAUUAAUAUCGACACAAUAAAUUUCAAUUUUUAUAUCAAUAUACAUUAAAAAAAAAUUCUAAAAGAAACUUCAAAAUUUUUGUAUAGAAAUAUUAAAGAAAAAAUCGAAAUUUAUUUAUUGAUACAUAGUAUAAAUAAUUAUGAUAUUAUUUUGAAAAAAAAAAAAUAUUUUUCGACAUCCCAUCACUACUUCAGCCAGUUGCCACUUCCAAAGACCUGCACUCUUCGAAAGGGUAUUAUUACUUUUAUCGCUACUUAUCGAUACUACUUCGUACUCCGAAACUAAAAGCGUGUAAGUCGAAAGUCUCUUUUUUUUUUUUUUAUUCGAUUCAAUUUUGAUUAUUUCUCAACAUGUGCCAUAUUCAAUUUAAAUUAAAAUGAUAAAUAUCGAAAUUAAACUGUCGAAUGUUUAUUAUUUCGAUAUAUCAAUAAAUUUACAGUUCAAUAUAUCGAAACAUCGAUAAUUAAUAUUGAUAUAUUAAUUGUUCAAUAAAUCGCAAGUUUUGUAUAUAUCGAAUAAAUUAAACAAUCGAUAAUAAUUCAAUGUAUCGACAUUUAAUAAAUCGACAGCUUUGUAAUAUCGAUAUAUCGAAAUUGUCACACGUCGUUAAUUCGAUAUAUUUCUUUGAACAAAAUUAUUAGUCGCAAAUCUCGUUUUUUAUUUGUUAAAAAAAACUUUUACACCUUUUUCGAGCAAUGCAAAAAAAAAAAGAAAUAUUUUUCUUUCUCCUUCCUUCGUUUUGUAACAAGUGACUUUCGACGCUUACCAGAGCGAAUGCAAAAUGUAAGAAUAGCGAAUUGUAAAAAUAAAAAAAAAAUGAAUACAAUUUACUAAUACUAUAAAUAUACACUAUAUAAUGGUAAAAAAAAAAAAUGAAAAAGACGCGCGCGCGUGUCAAAACUAACAUUCAAUCUCAAUAUUCCAAGCAUUCACUUCGUUUAUAUGUACGUUGUUGUUAAUGAUAAAGAAAAAAAUAUAUAUAAUAAAUAAAUAAUUAAAUAAAAAAAAAAGUAAUGCUUUACCGAAAAAAAACUUCAAACUUAGUUAAUAGGUGUACGACGUUAUUUCUAUUUAGAAGUUUGCCUGAAUGCGAAGAAUGUUUGUCGAAAAAAAAAGCAUUGUAAAUAUUUUAAACUGAAUAAAUGGAACAAACGAAGAUAGCGAGAAUGAAUCUCACGGAUGUUGUUCGCAUUAUCAAGGCCACAAUUAGUUUUAUUAUAUAAGAAAUUCUGAAUUUUUUUCUAAAUUGAGAAUUUGAAAAAAAUCUUCAUUUAAAAUGUUUAUUAAAUUUAUUGUUAAUUAACGAAAAAUAUAUUUACAAUCAACUAAAAAAUUAAGCUUAAAUUAAUAUUGUCAAUUGUAAAAAUUUCGAUAUAGGUUUCACAAUUGAUGAAACAUUUUUCAUUGUUAUAAAAUCGUUAAUAAAACAAAUGCCAUUUAUAGAAAAAGCAAAAAGAAAAAAAAAAAAUUGGAAACGUGCCAUUGGCACUGAUAAUGCGGAUAUCAACUGUAUGUAUUUGAAACUAAGCUCAACAAAUUGUUUCAAGUGACCGUUAUCUUGCUUUCAGUCGCAUUAGUGUAUAUUGACUCGUUUAUGCAAAAUGAAAGAAAAAAAAAAAAAUUAUUCUACGGUCCUAGAUGUGACUUUUCCUCUCCCUUCCAAGGAUAGUGACAUGAAAUGCACUAUAUCACAUAGAGAACAGCACUAUUAUAAACAUAGAUAUAUCAUUAUAUUUAUUAUAAUAAUUUAAAAGCUAGGUACUCUUUGUUGUUUGUAUUUUACAAGCGUACUCAUUAUUAUUACAUAUAAAUAAAUACCUAUAUAAAUGAAA